CAUGAAUUUUCCUGGUUUGCUAAGCGUUCAUAUUAAAGGAGAAACGUGCAGUUUCUCACGCUGGUGAAUUGUAAACACAGGACCAUGUUUUGUAAAUAUUGGCAAUGUUAUGAAUACUUUCUCCAAGACAAGGGGAGGUUGAAUGACAGCCUCCUGGACCAAUGUGACAGGAGAGGUGGCGAUACCCUUCUCCAAUCCAUGGUCACCUUGCCACAGGUAUAUAAUGGAAAAAUAAACUAAGGGCAGGUCUUCUGCCCUGCUGCUCUUGUUGCACCCAGAUCUGUGUCCCCAGUCUGUGUUCCUGGUUGGGCCUCCACGGUGAUAACUGGCGCCUAUACGUGGUCAAGUUGCAAGCUAGUGAGGAAAGAAAAAAGAAGAAGAAAAAAAAAAAAUCUGCCUUCUACAGCUGCAAAAAGAAGAAACCCACGAUGUUCUCAGAGGAACGAUUGAUGAUGGAACUGCUCCACUCCUUUUUGUUGUCCUGUGACGCUGACUUGACCAGGAAACACGUGAGAGAACUGCUUAGCUGGGGAAAGAAACUUGGAAUUUUUUAUACUGCUGAAAAGGCACUUUAUAUUGGCCCAUGGAGAACCCUGGGAAAAAGCCUUUUCUCUGCCGUCCUUGACGGAAACUCUAAGGCAGGCACUCUUUUACGGGCAUGGACAACAGUCUUCCCACUUCUAAAAGAGGCUGGAGAAGACUUUGAAGUUGAUUCUGGGUUUUCGACAGGAAGCAGCACUGGCUCCCCUGUGAGCUCCGUCGCUUCUGACGAGGAUUGCUCUGAUGCAGGGUUAGAGCCGAUGCAGGAGACCGCCACCCCCAUGUCGGGGGUUGGGCGCGCCCAGCGGGGUUUUUGGAAGGGCGGGGAAGCUUUUUUCGGUCCGCUCUCCGCGCGGUUGCCCGGGCGGGGAGCUGGGGUGCCGAGGGGGCGGAGCGCUCGGCAUCGGGUCCCACGCCGAGCGCGGGGGAUCGCCCGCGCCGCCCCGGGCCGCCGUGCCGCGGCGACCCCCCCGCUGCCCGCCACCGCUGCGGGGUCCGCCCUGCAGCUGCCGCGCGGAGCCGCGCCGCCUCGGGCCCCCUGCGGGGAGCCGGGGGGGCCGCCGUGCGCCGCCUCCCCGGCCCGCCCCGCCCCGCCGCGACCUGCUCCGCGCAGGAUUCGGCAGGCGAGCCCGGCGGGGACGGCCCCUCCUUGCCCCGUCCCCCCGCCGCGCCAAAUGCUGUGCGCGGGGUCGCCGCCGCCGGCGGUCUGUGCGGUGCCCGCAGCGGAGCCGCCGCCGCCGCCCGCCGCGCCGCGCCCCGCCCCACGCGUCCGGUGCUGGUCCGGCGCCGCGGGGGGAGGGCUGGGCGCAACGCUGCCCGCUGCUGCGGGGCCACCCGCGAUGGACAGCCCCCCCGCGCCGCCGCGCGGCCCCGCCGCAUGCCCCCUCCGUUCAGAGGGGACGGGGCCGAGCGCUGGAGCCGCAGAGCUGCUGCCGGCUCUGGACCCGGCCACCGACCCAUCGGCUGGCCGGGCAGGAGCUGAAGGCUGUGGCCGGUCGGCCACGCCUCCCUGCCCAGCGCGACAAUCGCCCCCCUGCUCAGAGAGGAGUCUGAGCGAGUCACUGUCCCCCGCCCACCCCCCCUACGGGGCCGGGUCGGCUGUGGGAGAUGAUAACGGGGCAAAAGCGUUGUCUGAUGUGCACGCUUUCCCUGUCGUGAAAUCGGAUGAGGCUUUUAGUUCUGCAUCCCAGGUGAACCAGGCUGCUGACCUAAGAGAGCUGCUGCCUGAAGAUGCAGCUUUGCCCGAGCCAGUUCAGGGAGCUGUGGACGUGGUUCCACAGCAUCAUAGCCAUGAUGACCCAUCAUGGGCAGUCCCGUUUCCCUUAUCAAGGGACGUGGCAGAAGAUAAUAUAAGCUUCACUGAGGCAAUUCAAUGGAUCAGUGCAGAAUUUGAGGAUCUGAUCUUUCCUUAUGUAAUAAGAGGUCUUGCAACAAUGAUGCUUGAACCUCAACAGGUUUUUACCUUUGAAAGAAAUUGGAAAUUCCUAGCUGGACAAAUGGCUGUCGAAAAUAGCCACCUGCCUCGAGACGAUCCCUUGUUUGGGGUCGGAGUUGACCUACUUAUGGGGAGGAGUCAAUAUGCUUGCCCUGAUGUGCAAGCUGGCCUUUCUUUCAUGGUUUUAGAUUCGUGCAGAUACAUAGGGAUAUCUGCAUUGAUAAAAACCAAGUUAUCCUUCUCCCCAAAGGAAGACUUCUUAGACAUAGCACAGAAGCCAGAGGAAGCUUUUAAUGAAUUUAUAUCGCGUCUGAUGCAUUUUUUAAAGACGAGAGUCGAGGAUAUAACUUUGACAAUGAUAAUUUUGGAGCAAUUAGCAAGAAGCCAUGCUAAUUUGGCUUGCCAGAGGCUCCUGGAAACCAUUCCGGAGACUUCUAAUAUCCUGGAGAUGGUCCAGACCUGUGCAGUUCUAAACACCUGUGAUUGUAUGGUGAUGACCCCAACGGCUGCUUCACAGCCGGCAGAAAAGAGGCAGAAUGAUGGACAUGAGACACAGGCAGAUAUUCAGCCUAGUGGAGAACAGGAAAAGGAGGCACAGAAAGUGACUCCCUUGUUUUUCUGCGCACAAGGUGUGGGUUCAGACCAUACUGCAGAAACAUGCAAAGCAGUGGGUCAUGCUGAGCCCACGCCAAGCCCGAAAACUCGGAGGCGAAGAAAAAGACGAAGACGUCAGGGGGACGAAACAGUUUCCCAAGCUCUAGAACAAGAGCAAAAUUCUCUGGCUGGUGUACAGCCAUCAUCUCAAGUGUAGGAAGUGUUGAUGUUGCCACAUAGCUACGGUCAGUUUUCUUUGGACCUUGCAGUGGGUUUCUACGUCCACAUCCUAUGUUGCAUGCAUUCUUUGAGAAAAAGUCAAUUGCUCAAUUUGUGUUUUCUAAGUUCUCUAUCCUCAGGUUCUGCGAUCCAUGCUAAGAAGGUGGCCGCUGAAAGUCUGCUGAGCUGCCUCAGGUGCAUUGGACUGAUCCUGAAACCUUGUGCACCCUGUGCCACCCUAGUGCCACCCAUCACAGAAGCCUCUUCGAGAUCUGAUUGACAUGGACACGGACUGGCAUCCUCUCUUUUCCUAUAUGGCCUCCAUAGAGACUUUGGAUCCUGUGGAGCUGCUGGACAAGGACUGACUGAAGCAGUGUGAUGCUGAGAGCCAGCGGACUGUUAAUCAUAGACUCAGAGGAAUUGUUUGCUACGGCUCAGUUUUAUGUAUGGUAGCCAUUGUGACCUCUGUGGGGAAAGGGCACGUUGUUUGGGGGUUGUGGUUUUGGGACAGAACUUUUGGGGUUCAGAAUUUUCAACUGAGUGGUAAAAUUUUUCUUGGAAUGCUCCUGCCUUUUGCACCGUAUAUUCCCUUGUAUCUUAUAAAAAUUUAAAAAUAUGAGGGUGUUGGUUGAAUUAUGUUAGACUAUGCUUGAGAUAUUUUGAGCAGGUUAUUGCAAGGGGUUCAGGGUGAAACCCUGGGUAGCAAAGGCAGAAUCAGACCAACAUGUAGCCCUCACACCGUCACCUAAAUGAAGGUCGGUGAACUUUAUACAGGUUUUUUUUUUCUUUCUUUUUUCCUGUCAUAGAAUUGUUCAUUUUUCUUUUUUUGUUUUCUUUUUAAUAUACUUAAAAGGGUGAGAUGUUGCCAUGAAUUUUCCUGGUUUGCUAAGCGUUCAUAUUAAAGGAGAAACGUGCAGUUUCUCACGCUGGUGAAUUGUAAACACAGGACCAUGUUUUGUAAAUAUUGGCAAUGUUAUGAAUACUUUCUCCAAGACAAGGGGAGGUUGAAUGACAGCCUCCUGGACCAAUGUGACAGGAGAGGUGGCGAUACCCUUCUCCAAUCCAUGGUCACCUUGCCACAGGUAUAUAAUGGAAAAAUAAACUAAGGGCAGGUCUUCUGCCCUGCUGCUCUUGUUGCACCCAGAUCUGUGUCCCCAGUCUGUGUUCCUGGUUGGGCCUCCACGGUGAUAGGGAAAAGAGAAUUUUAAUUACCCUAAGCCGUGUGACAGUUUGCAUUUGAUAGCUUGACUUUUAAUUUCAGUGGUUAGUCACAGAGCACACUGCAUUUGCUCAGCCAUAUGACAUCUUAUUUCUAUUACAAAGAUAAGGAUACAUUCUCUUUUACAAGGCCAAAUUUCUGAGGAGUGGUACUGAUAAAAUUGGCUUGGAAUCAAGCACAAGAAACUAUCAUGCUGGGCUAACCAGGAUUACAAGAAUUCAUGUGUUUGUAAUGUAGCUGAUAAACUAUGUAGUGCAGUUAUUGAAGUUGUUCACAGCCUACUUACAGAUUUCCUAUUUAGUACUUUUAAAGAAAGGUGGGUAUAAAAGAAAAUUCCUGCAAAGAAUUUUUCCUUCUCAUGCAGGAGAGCUCUAAAAUCUCCAUCUUUUAUAUUUUCUGUUCUUUUCUUCUUAACUUAAACUAGAUUCUUCUAGUCUGUAUCUGAUUAAUGCAAAAUUUUUUAGAUUGUGUUCUUUGUAUUUUGCAGACUUUU